GGUUGUGACAUCAGCAAAGCUCCUUUGAUCUAGCACCUACCAGGAAGUAAGGACAGGACUGAGAAGUGGUUACAGAAUUGCCUUUAUCUCCUAUGCUAUAGCUUUGUGUGAUAUAUAUCCUGCCAGUGCCUGCUGCCCGUCACUGUAAGUGCUCCCGCACUGCCAUAUGCUGCAGCAGCUGCAGCCCCCCUAUACUACUGUACUGUGAUUACACAGCUCAGGGCUCAGGAUGAGAUGAUAAAGGAGAACUAUAUAUAUAUAACACAUCUAAGGCUGCAGUAACUGGUCCCACUCACCGAGCAGCAGGAGCCUCCCCCCAGCCCAGACAUGGCUGACGAGACCCUAUUUGCUCUGUUACACAUGGAGAUGAUCUCUCACGCACACAAGAGUGCUGGGCAGGAGGAAGAGGAUCAAGGGAAGCACAUCCGAAUCUUAGAAGGUAUGGGUUUCCGGGUGGGCCAAGGACUUAUUGAAAGACUUACAAAGGACAGUCCUUCAUUCAAGGAUGACCUGGACAUUAUAAAGAUUAUAUGUAAGGAUUUCUGGACAGUCAUUUUCAAGAAGCAGAUUGACAAUCUGAGGACAAACCACCAGGGUACUUAUGUCUUGCAAGACAACCGAUUUCUGCUUCUGACCCAGAUCUCCUGCAGUAAACAAUAUAUAGAGGAAGCACCAAAGUUUCUGGCUUAUACCUGUGGACUCAUCAAAGGUGCGCUUUCGAAUUUAGGAAUCAACUGUACGGUUUCUGCCGAGGUACCAAUAAUGCCGACAUGUAAAUUCCACAUCAUUAUUUCCAAGACAUAGAAAUCAUGGUCAACAUGUUAAUACAUCAGGACAAAUGUUUAAUGCUGAACAUAAAUGGAAACCAGCAAUAUUCACUAUGCAAUGGGAUUCCGAUAUUCCAAAAUGCUGUUACAAAGACGCAUCCUUUCCUUACCACAAAGUGUAUUUUUGUGGGUUACGUCUCAGCAAUGCACUUUUUAUCAGGUAAAACAGGGAUAUGUUAUUAAUCCAUAGUCACGGGUAUAAUUACCCGACCACCUGCCUGUGGACUACUUACUUGGAGGAAUCGGGAAAGCCUCCCUUUUGCCUUCUUGGUCACUGCCAAGAUAUUCAAUGUUUAGAAGAGGACCCUGCGAUCACCAGAAGAAUCCGCUGCUACUGUGAUUUAUGUUUCUAUGUCAGUAGUGUUGUUUCAUGAUGGUACAUGCUCCAUCCAUAUGUGAUGUUUACCUCUACAUUAAGGGAUGGGGUUGCUUUGGGGAAGUCACCCAAUGACCUGUCUACAGCACUGAUUUCUCCUUAGGUCAUAUCACAUACUACUGUUCUCCUGUGCGUUAAUUACACUGUGAUUAGCUUUAUGAGCCUGCACUGUUUUGUAAAGUGUCUUUCUCAAUGCUUUUUUUUUGGUCAAUAAAGUUUGAUUUAAUAUAA